CUUGUUAGAGCACCACACGGCGAGCUUGGCAAACGUCGAGUGCGGUUCGCAGCGACUUUUGUGCCCUGAUCUGGCUUGAAGCUCUUCGAACCACCGCAACCGGACCCCGUGGUUCACACCGAAGACAGGGGAGGAACUUUGAGAUCCUGGCUUGCAUUCACGGGUGUUUCUUUGGAUAAGCACACAACCUCCACUCCAGACUGGCGUGAGAAAUCCACGCCCUACAUUGGUAUAGCCAAGACCUAUUUGCCCACUCGCGACUACCUACCGCGGUCGCGAGCAAUCGACGCCAAUGGCGGACUCGGGCGCAGGAGGGGGGGGCGGCGGAAAGGGCGGCGAUGGGGGAGGCAAAGGUGCUAGGGGGGGUGACGGGAAUGACGAGAAGCUGGCGCAAUUUAUCGCGGUCACCGGGGUGUCUUCGGAGGACGUCGCCAACCACUGGCUAGAGGCAAACGCCUACUCCUUGGAGAACGCGGUCAGCAUGUUCAUGGAUAGCGGCGCGGGAGGCGGGACCGGCGGAGGCGGUGGAGGGAGUGGGGGCGCCGGCGAGGCGGCAGGCGGGGGCGCGGCGUUGUCGACGCCAGCUUUUCCCAGCAAGGCAGGAGGGCCCCAACCAGGGGACUCCGAUUACGUCCGACCCGCCGACCCCUACAAGAGGCAACGGCUAGUCGAAGAUCCGCGGUCUCACGGCGGGCAUCCGUACGGCGGCAUGGCCACCGCCGCUAGGUGGAGUGGUGCCGCUGCCCAGGGGCACAUCCCAUUCAGAGACUUCCAGGAGGAGCACCGACAGGCCGCGCUGGCUUCAAAUCCCUUCGCCAGCGCGGCAAAGGGCAAGAGGCCCUCUGACCCGGCCGCUGCGGAGAAGCAGAAAAAGCUCGCGAGCAUAUUCUCCCCUCCUACCGACAUCAUGUUUAUGGGGGAUUUCCAGGCCGCCCGUCAGGCGGCGAAGCAGCAGAAGAAGUGGCUGCUGGUAAACAUCCAGACGGAGGCCGAGUUCGACUGCCACCGGCUGAACAGGGACGUGUGGAAGGAUGAGAUGAUCCAGAACAUCAUAGAGUGCAACUGCAUAUUCUGGCAGCAACCAUCCAUCUCCGAGGAGGCGAAGCUGUACUGCCGCCGUUACAACGCAACCGGGUUCCCACACAUCGCCCUCAUCGACCCACGCACGGGCAUGAGGGUGUGGAAUUUCCAGGGCUUUCUCGCACCGCCGGAGUUCAUCGAGAAAGUCACUGACGUUACGGACAAGAUUUCGUUCGAAGACGGGGCUCCGGAGAGGCUUCCUCCCCCCCCUCCUAGGCAACCGCAGCUACCGCCUUCCACAGGCGGAUCCGAGGACCAAAUGCUGGCGGCUGCUAUUGCUGCAUCUCUCGACGCGGGAAACGGCGGUGGUAGCGACAGCGGCAGCAGCAGUGGGGGCGGUGCGGACGCCAAGGUAAUGGCGGCCCCCCCCACGAGCAGCGGCGGUGGGAGCGGCGCACCCGUCGCGACGGUUGCGGGAGGGCCGAUCAGCGUCGACGACAGCGACGAAGAGGAGGAGGAGGAGGAGGAGGAGGAGGAGGACGACGCCAUCUUCGCAGCAACCCGCGGAAGAAAGAGAUGA